ACGACAAUGGUAUGGUACUUUUUCUUCAAAUCGAGAUUGUGUGGGUGUCCGCUCAUGUUCACGUUACAUGCUAAAUCAGGCUUUCGUUGGAAAAACCAACACCGACGUCAAGAACAGUUUCCUUUCCUUUCUGUUUUCGGGAGCAGAGCUGAAAAAGAUGGAGUUACCUGGAGAUGGAAAAUUUUGAUUUAAAUUUAACAAUACAAACAAUACAAAGCGUCCCUCACGUCCAUUCUUUUAUUAGAGAUUUUUUCCAUCCUACAUUGGAUCCGCAGCUUGUGAACCAGCUUUUGGAAGGGGUGAAGACACCUACCUUGAAAGACAGGGACCUCCUUUUCAAAAUAUAUGGAAUUGCGCCUAAAAAUGGAAAGGCUUUGUUUUAUGAAAUCACAAAAAUGGUAGAAUCAUACAUGCGGCAGGCAAAAAUGGUUUUGCCAGCUGCAUACAAUGUUACCGAGUUUUCUGACCAGUUUCUGGGCCCGGAUUCUCCCCGGAGUCUAAGAGAUACUUUCGUAGAUUUACAUUUCAAGGGGCACGAAAGCUUCACUUGGAACAGGGGCGUGGUUCAUCUUUAUAACGAAAUAUGGAAGGCCAAAGACUUCCAGCCGGGUAGCCCUAUAAGUGCUCCGACUGCUUUUUUGGAAACCCCAUUGGAUCAAUUUGCCAUUUACCCAAUAAUUGAUCUUCAUGUGGGCAACUUUUAUUUUACAUUUACAAAUGUAGUCUAUAUCCUGCUCACUGUCGUUUUGGUCGUUUUUCUGUUUUUUGUUGACAAAAAGGGAGGUGGAAAGUCAGUGCCAAAUGCAUGGCAAUCCUUGGUCGAGCUUAUUUAUGAUUUCGUUAUGAACCUGGUAAACGAAAAAAUAGGUGGUCUUUCCGGAAAUGUGAAACAAGAGUUUUUCCCUCGCAUCUCGGUCGCUUUUACUUUUUCGUUAUUUCGUAAUCCCCAGGGUAUGAUACCCUUUAGCUUCACAGUGACAAGUCAUUUUCUCAUUACUUUGGCUCUUUCAUUUUCCAUUUUUAUAUGCAUUACGAUCGUUGGAUUUCAAAGACAUGGGCUUCAUUUUUUUAGCUUCUUAUUACCUACGGUAGUCCCACUGCCGUCAGCACCUUUCUUAGUACUCCUUGAGUUAAUCUCUUAUUGUUUUCGUGCAUUAAGCUUAGGAAUACGUUUAUUUGCUAAUAUGAUGGUCGGUCAUAAUUUAGUAAAUAUUUUAAGUGGGUUUGCUUGGACUAUGCUAUUUCUGAAUAAUAUUUUCUAUUUCAUAGGAGAUCUGGGUCCCUUAUUUAUAGUUCUAGCAUUAGCCGGUCUGGAAUUAGGUGUAGCUAUAUCACAAGCUCAUGUUUCUAUGAUCUCAAUUUGCAUUUACUUGAAUGAUGCUACAAAUCUCCAUCAAAAUGAGUCAUUUCAUAAUUGAAUAAAAACGAGGAGCCGAAUAUUCUAGGGGGCUACAGCUGCGCUUUGCAGCACUGAACAUGGUUCUGGGUACUCAAGAUAUUGCGUUUGUGUUUGGAGAGGUGUAGAUUGUAGAUUCCAGCCGAGAAGACCAGGAAAAGAUAAGGAUAAAGAAUGUCAUAUAUCUUAGGAGCUAGAUCACUUCCCGAUGAACAAGUCAGAAUUGCCUCAACAAAAAUCGAUGGAAUUGGACCAAAAAGCCAUUCAGCUUCGUUAUCGAUUAGUUAU